AGGGUUUGGAAGUUGGAACAAAACCCUCUCUCGUCUUCCCGAUUUGUUCUCGAAGCAAAUCGUCAAUUCCUCUCUCUGCUCCCAUGGGGAUAAAGGGUUUGAUGAAGCUUCUAGCAGAAAAUGCUCCAAAUUCCAUUAAAGAGCAGAAGCUCGAGAGCUAUUCCGGCCGCAAGAUCGCCUUGGAUGCCAGCAUGAGCAUCUACCAGUUCCUGAUUGUUGUUGGUCGACGAGGGACUGAAUUGCUUACCAAUGAGGCCGGCCAAGUAACUAGUCAUUUGCAAGGGAUGUUCACUCGCACAAUUAGGCUUCUUGAAGCUGGAUUGGAACCAAUAUAUGUUUUUGAUGGAAAGCCUCCAGGUUUGAAAAAGCAAGAGAUUGCCAAACGUUUCUCUAAAAGAGCAGAUGCCUUCAAUGACUUGAAUGCGGCGUUGGAGACUGGCAACAAGGAAGAGAUUGAGAAAUUCAGUAAGCGUACAGUCCAGGUGACAAAGCAACACAAUGAAGACUGUAAAAAACUACUUAGACUCAUGGGAGGGCCUGUGGUUCAGGCUCCUUCAGAAGCUGAGGCACAGUGUGCUGCACUUUGCAAAGCUGGAAAGGUUUAUGCAGUUGCAUCUGAAGACAUGGAUUCUCUUACUUUUGGCGCACCUAGAUUUCUUCGGUAUUUAACAUAUCCAAGCUCAAAAAAGGUCCCAGUCUUGGAAUUUGAAGUAUCAAAGGUAUUGGAGGAGCUGAAUCUUACCAUGGAUCAAUUCAUUGACUUGUGUAUUCUUUCUGGAUGUGAUUAUUGUGAUAGCAUUAGGGGUAUCGGGGGCAAGACUGCUUUAAAGCUCAUCCAACAACAUGGCUCACUAGAGAAUAUACUGGACCAAAUAAAUAAUGGGAGAUACGGAAUACCAGAUGAUUGGCCAUAUCAGGGGGCUCGACACCUUUUCAAAGAUCCAUUAGUCUUUGCUGAUGAUGAGAAACUUGAACUUAAAUGGAGUGCUCCAGAUGAAGAAGGGCUGAUAAAUUUUCUAGUCAGAGAAAAUGGGUUCAACAGUGACAGAGUUAUAAAGGCAAUAGGAAAAUUCAAAGCAGCCAGGAUGAAGUCAACUCAGGGCCAAUUAGAGUUGUUCGUUAAACCAGUUAGCACAUUGACACCCAUUAAAUGCAAGGAAAAUAAAUGCAUUCUUGGAUCUCCGAAACCAAUGAUCAAGCAUAAGAUGUUCUCUCUGCAAGCAGUUACGCAGUGCAGGCGCAUUGCCAUUGUAAACUUAAGCCUGCCAACUCUGGCUAUGGGUUCCACACACACACCACUCUCUGGGGGCGUCUGCUUAGGAAGAUGAAGCGGAAAAUUUUUGGUGAACCUCUUGUAUGCUUUAAUUCUGUUUCUUGUUUUAUGCAAUUGGUGUCACCAACAUCAGAUUGGCAUCGAAUGAGAGUGUUUGUAUAAGAACUAAAAGUGAAUUUGUGGAUAUUAUUGGAAUCAUCAAUACCAUCACUGUCUCUGGAUUUUUUUUCC